UUUCCGAAGUGAAGAGGGGUAGAACGGGAGAUAUAAUAGAAUAAUAAUUUAUAGGUCCUUUCAGGGAUUUUUUUUUGUUUAGUUUUUACCCCAUUCAAGAACUCAUCUUCGCUCUUUUCAUUGGUCGCCCAUCUCUCCCUCCAUCGAUCUCCCAGCCGCAGCGAAGGACGGCAGCCAUGUCUUCUCCCAGCAAACGCCGUGAAAUGGACUUGAUGAAACUGAUGAUGAGUGAUUACAAAGUGGAGAUGAUAAACGAUGGGAUGCAGGAGUUCUACGUUGUUUUCCAUGGACCCAAAGAAAGUCUUUAUCAAGCGGGUGUGUGGAGGAUCCGGGUGGAAUUACCUGAUGCAUACCCUUACAAGUCUCCUUCGAUUGGAUUUGUCAAUAGGAUCUUUCAUCCUAAUGUAGAUGAAAUGUCUGGUUCAGUUUGCUUAGAUGUCAUCAACCAGACAUGGAGCCCCAUGUUUGGUAAAGAGCUAAUCACUCCAAUUUUAUCAUUGUGCAUGAAUUUCAUGGCUGAUGUAGAACAGGGAUGCUUGUUAGAUACUGAGUUUGCGGCUAUCUACUUGUUUAUUUUGGAUAUCAUAAGUGCUUUUAAUAUGUUCGCAUCUGUCUUUUCAGAUCUUAUAAAUAUUUUCGAAGCUUUUCUCCCACAGCUACUUUUGUACCCCAACCCAUCUGAUCCAUUAAACGGAGAAGCUGCUGCACUGAUGAUGCGCGAUCGACCUGCUUACGAACAAAGAGUGAAAGAAUAUUGUGAGAGAUAUGCAAAGCCCGAAGAUGCUGGUGCUCCCCCCGAAGAAAAUUCAAGUGAUGAAGAGCCAACUGAAGAUGAAUAUGAUUCCAGUGAUGAGGAUGCAGUGCCUGGGAAUCCAGAUCCUUAAGCUGACAUAUCCCAUCUGAUACCCUGAUUCCUGUUUGUAUCAGUUUCCUAUGUUACUCUGUAAAUAAGUGUACUUUGUGAUCAUAUUGUUUUAAAAUGUCUUUGUGAUUGAACGGCAAUUGGGCACGCAUGAAUUGGAAUUAUGGAUCAGUUACGUAACAC